AUGGAUUGGGAAAAAGAGAUCGACCUGUCAUACAUCGACGAUGACAAGAUCCGUGGCCACGUACUCGAAAUGCUCCGUAAGCACUCGAGUUUGUGGAGCGGUGCGCUUGGAACGAUCCAAGCUACUGAGCACCGCAUUCCUCUCGAACCGGGAACGAAACCGAUUCGUUCUAUGCCCUAUCGGAAUGGCCUGGCCAUGCGCGAAAUGGUCGCGAAGGAGGUCAACAAGAUGUUGAACGCAGGGCGGCGUCUCAACGCGAAGACCGCAGCGGAUUCGUAUCCGCUGCCACGGAUGGACGACUGCAUCGACUCGCUAGGAGAUGCAGCCGUCUUCACCACGUUGGACUGCAAUUCCGGUUACUGGCAGAUCCCGGUCGCUCCGGAAGACCGGGACAAGACCACGUUUACGACGCAUAUGGGCACGUUUCGCCACUUUCGCAGGCCGUUUGGACUCAAAGGGGCACUGGCCACCUUCCAACGUGCGCUCGACAUAAUACUCUCCGGAGAUCUCGAUACCGUCUUGAGCUUACUGCGGAGUUCCAGUAUCUCCCUUAAGCUCAAGAAGUGCAGCUUCUUCCGACCGAAGGUGCACUACCUGGGGCACGUCAUCUCCCCAGGCAAGUUGAGCGUGGCUGAUACGGCGGCCGACGCUUUCAAGACGUUCAAGUUCCCGAGGACGUUGACGCAAGUGCGCUCGUUCUUCGGGGCGUGUAACGUAUACCGCCGAUUCGUUAAGGGGUUCGCUAAGAUUGCGCGUCCUCUGACCGACGUGACGCGCAAGGAUUCGGAUCCCGAUUUCUAUAACCCCACGGAGCUGCAACUUCAGGCGUUCGAGAACCUUAAGAAGUGCAUGAUCGCUCCGCCGAUCCUCGCGUUGCCUCCGGCACGGUCGUCCCCGAACGACUGGCGCCCCGUGGGGUAUUGGUCGUACUCACUGUCCGAGAGUGAGCGCAACUAUAGCGCUACCGACGCGAGUGCUUCCCCACUCACCCGGUGGCGGCUACGUCUGGCUGAAUACGAUUUCACCAUUCAGUACCGCCCCGGACGCGUGCAUCAGGUGCCCGAUGCCCUGUCACGACUCGUGUCGCCGAAGAACGACGAGUUCGACGCCGCCGACAUCCAGCGCGCCAAAGACCCCGAGGCUGGCGCGCUCGACUCCCCGGUCGCCCCACCGCAGGACGACCUUCCGGCCCCUCUUACGAUAGAGGAGAUAGCCGCGGAGCAACGCGUGGAUGACCUCUGCCAAACCGUUUUGGCACGACAGUCAGAGUCCCGGGACUCCGCGUUCUUCGAGGACCACCAUGGGGUGCUCAAACGGAGACACCCCUUCGACCCUUAUAUCGUUCAGGUGGUGGUACCUCGGACGCUCCGCGCCAGGCUCCUUCGCCUGUGCCACAACCCGGCCAUCGCGGGGCACCCGGGCCAGAACCGUAUGUACUACGCACUUCGACGCGAGUACUACUGGCCCCACCUGGCUGCAGACGCGGCAGCCACGGUGCGAGGGUGUCGAACCUGCGCGAUGAACCGGGUGAAGCUGAGGAAACAUCUUAACCGAUUGAGAUUGUUUCCAGCUACGAGGCCCUUGGAGAGCCUCACGAUCGACGUCUUGCGGCCGCUCCCCAAGACGAAGACAGGAAAACGAUUCCUGCUCGUGAUUACGGACGGCUUCAGUAAGCUAACGCAAGUCGUUGUGCUCCCCACGAUAACAGCGCACACGUUUAAUGCCAAGUUCUUCCACAGCACGUGCCGCGUUCUGGGGAUAACGAAUUUGUACACUUCGGCGUACCAUUCCCAGACGAACGGGCAAGUUGAGCGAUAUAACCGAACAAUCUCCUCGAUGCUGAGGAAAUACGUGGGUGAACACCAGGACGACUGGUAUGUGUACGUGGGGCCGCUUAUGUAUGCGUACAACUCCCACGUACAUCGCACCACACGCACCACGCCGUUUGAGCUCGUGCUCAGCAGGCCAGCGCCGGAGUUCUCUCUCCGACGGGCGGACGGCGACACGCCCCCUUCCGAUAGGGGGAACCAACGUGCCGAGUUCCUCAAGACCUUGGACUUGACUAUCCAAAAAGGCCUACGGGAGCCUGCGUCGGACGCAGGCUCGCUAUAA